AUGGCCCACCAAGCACAUGCAUAUCAUAUAGUUGACCCCAGUCCUUGACCACUCACAGGAGCAGUCGCUGCCCUGCUCGUAACCUCCGGUACCGCAAUCUGAUUUCAUUUCAACUCCACAAUUUUAAUAUCCUUGGGAAUAAUGCUCCUCCUUCUCACCAUAUACCAGUGAUGACGAGAUAUCAUUCGAGAAGGGACAUUUCAGGGCCAACAUACACCCCCCGUCCAAAAAGGUUUACGAUAUGGUAUAAUUCUAUUUAUUACCUCAGAAGUUUUCUUCUUCUUAGGAUUUUUCUGAGCCUUCUACCAUUCAAGCCUUGCACCUACUCCUGACUUAGGAGGAUACUGGCCACCAUCUGGCGUCUUAGCUUUAGACCCUUUCGAAGUUCCCCUGCUCAACACAGCUGUGCUUCUCGCCUCUGGAGUAACAGUUACUUGAGCACACCAUAGUAUUAUGGAAAUAGACCGAAAACCAGCAGUUCAAUCUCUUGCCCUAACCAUUCUGCUUGGUUUCUACUUUACAUUUCUCCAAGCAUUGGAGUAUUUUGAGGCACCAUUUGCCAUUUCGGACGGGGUUUAUGGCUCAACAUUCUUUGUGGCAACUGGCUUCCAUGGUCUCCAUGUCAUUAUCGGAUCAACUUUCCUGGCGGUGUGCCUUCUCCGCCAAAUCCAAUAUCACUUCACAUCUGAACACCACUUUGGAUUUGAAGCAGCCGCCUGAUAUUGGCACUUUGUAGACGUUGUGUGACUCUUUUUAUACAUCUCGAUCUACUGGUGAGGCUCAUA